UUCUACCUUAGAGAUUGCAGAGAUUUUCGAUAUAAAAGGCAAAGAAAAUAUUGAUCUGAACAGUUCAACAAGAGAUUUGAAAUGGUUCGCUCCUAUUCAGCUGCGCCUCUGAGUGUUUUCUUCCUGGCUUUCUUCGCUUUGCAAGCGUCCAGUCUCUUUAUAAAAACCGACCGGAUUAUUGGAGGCCAAACCGCUGCGGAAGGACAGUUCCCUUACCAAGCUGGCAUUUUCAUAGACGUUACAAGAUUUUGCGGAGGCGUAUUGAUUUCCCCUAAUUACGUAUUAACUGCUGCCCACUGCAUUCACAAUGCAGAGAGUUUUGAGAUUCACUUAGGUGCUGAGGAAAGGAACAAUCUCAAUGAAGUCGGGCUUGUGGUGGAUUUUACAACUGACAAAAUCGUUCACGAAAAUUUCGAUCUCAAGGGAAAUAAGUUUGACAUUGCUCUGAUCAAGUUGACGUCCACGGUCAACCAACCAAAUAUCAAACCCAUCGAGCUGCCUUCCUUGUCAGAGGCAAACGUGACAUUAUCAGGCCUAGUUGGAAGGUUGUCUGGCUGGGGAACUUAUGACGAUGUUGUCCCAAUACCAAGUAAUUAUCUGAAGUACGUUGAUGUGCCCAUUAUCUCCAACGUGGAGUGUGAGGACACUUAUGGAGCAGAUCUCAUAACCGAAUGUAGUAUUUGCGCCGGAACUAUGUUUGGCACAGUAGGAUUUUGCAGUGGUGACACUGGAGGCCCAAUGGCCAUCGAAAACGAUGCUUUGGAAUGGAAGUUGAUUGGAAUAGCCAGCUUAGGAUACCCACUAGCGUGUGAGAACAAAGCGCCUCAAAUUUACACCAGGACCGCCUGUUAUUUGCAGUGGAUCGCAGACAACUCUGAUGUUACUUUAAUUCCUUAGUUAGAUUAAUUAAAUUUAUAUGCUCAUAUUAUAAAAAAAUAAUAUUUUAUUUAUUGCUUCCAAUCAAA